GUGUGCGCGAGUCUCUGCCCUGGAAGGAAAAGAAAGCUCAGCAGAUUGCAGUCAGUGGGUGUUACCAGGAUCCACCGCCCUAGCUCCGACAGACACCCACACACCGGUGGAGGAGAUAACAGUGUCUGUCCCCCCUCUUGAAGGUGGACAGAGCCAGCCAAGGAGGCGCAGCCCAACUCAGCAAGCCAGCAGACGCUGUUCACACUGACCUGUGAAGACAGAUUGCGAAGUGCACACUUGGUGACCGCAGGGUGACAGGUCAGCCGCCAGUUCUCUCAUUGUUGGAUCCGGAGACGACAGGAAAAUGACGUCCAAUGACCAAAAGGUCACUCGCAGAGCCAAGGUGGCUCCUGCCAAGAGGAUGAGCAGGUUCCUGAAGCACUUCACCGUGGUCGGGGACGACUACCACACGUGGAACAUCAACUACAAGAAGUGGGAGAAUGAGGAGGAGGAGGAGGAGCCGGCCCCCACGCCAGCAGAGGGGGAAGGCAGUGCCAUGGGCACAGAUGCUGAGGCUGGCCCAGUCCCCGCACCCAGGCCGACCCUGGACUUCAGGAACAGGCUGAGGAAGCUCUUCAGUUCCCACAGGUUUCAGGUAGGAGGCUGA